UAUCCGGGUUCCAUUUGGGUACCACCCCCGGCUUCCGCACCGAGCCCGGCCGGACCGCGCCGCGGCUUUGAUCCGCGCCGAUCCGCGCCGCGCGAAGCCGCGCAGCGGAUGUCGAAUUGCUGGGCCUGGGGCGUGCAGCAGCGCCUCGCGCGCUCGGAGUGCGCGGAGCCCACCACGCGCUUCGCGCGGUGCUGUCGGGAGGCCAACGUGGACGGCCGGGACCUGUUGAAGGUGCCCAAGCCCGGAGAGGAGCCAGGUGAUGGCCCUUGCCGUGCUGAGCUGGAGGUCUUGAGGCGCUGCGUGCCGGGGGCGCUGAUCGGCGGCCAGGGCCGCGCCUUCGAGGCGUGCGCCCGGGACUUCAAGGCGGUGGCCGCCUUGCCGGAAGACGCCGACGCGCAGAAGGCGGCCGCAGUGCUGCACCGGGGCUGGUCCUGCGUCAUGCGCGGCUUCACUCAGCCGAUUGAGCAGCUGGUGGCCCAAGCGCAAGCGGUCGGGGAGUGCCGCCCGGCGGUGCCAGUGAAGAAUACCUCCGGCAAGGGGGCGUGGACCGCCUGAGCUGAGUUUCAGGGCGGCUGUCAGACCGGACAAAUUGUCGUCGUCCCCCGUGUUACUGAAACCUGGACCCUGGAUUGAAUAAUCAACCUCGCGGA